AACACUGACUGACUUCUCUAUCUUUUCUUGUGCCUUGACAUCUGUCUUGAGCUCUAGAUUUUUCAUUAUUAAUCGCUCGAGAAAUGAAGGUUAAUAACGAAUUAACCUAAGUUAAUAAGGCCCGAGCAGCAAUCAUUCCACACAAGCCUGGGUUUAAUAAGGCCAAAACAGGAAUAAUCUCACACCAACCUGAGAUUUCUUACAUUCCCUGUUAUUGUGAAUGGUAUAGCCAACCACCUUGAGCCUUAGCUCCACGGACCAGCUUGCUGAACAUCGAAAGAGUCAGAACGAGAUCACGAGACAGACGGCGAGCCGGCUAGAGCGGAUAGAGCCGUACUGCCGCUCUAGUUUUUCUUUUGCUCUCUAUGGUUAGGAGCGCAAGCCUCUCUUCGGCCCGGAAAGAUUUAUGUUCGUGAAUGCUUACGCAAGACUCGGAGGUAGUUCCGGUUCCGGCGUGGCCAUUUUCGUUGCUGGUGUUCAGUUGUGGCGGUUGCUGGUCAGUAACAGCCAAGAUGCUGCGGAAUCUGCUGGCUCUUCGUCAGAUUGGGCAGAGGACCAUAAGCACUGCUUCCCGCAGGCAUUUUAAAAAUAAAGUUCCAGAGAAACAAAAACUGUUCCAGGAGGAUGAUGAAAUUCCACUGUAUCUAAAGGGUGGGAUAGCUGAUGCCCUCCUGUAUAGAGCCACCAUGAUUCUUACAGUUGGUGGAACAGCAUAUGCCAUAUAUCAGCUGGCUGUGGCUUCAUUUCCCAAGAAGCAGGAGUGACUUCAAUCAUCCCAGCAGUCACUUGCUUCAGUUUCAUUCAGCUCUCUAUGGACCAGUAAUCUGAUGAAUAACCGAGCUCUUCUUUGGGGAUCAAUAUUUAUUGACUUGUAGUAACUGCCACCAAUAAAGCAGUCUUUACCAUG